UUUCUUUUUCCUCAUUUUUGCUAGGGCCAGGGUCAAGUGUCUUACGCUGCGUACGACUCUUGCCCCAGCCUCCGCCCCGCGCCAGAGCCAAUAGUGGGCAUGAUAGCCAAAGGCCAAGCACUCGCCAAUCGCGCCACGCCGGACAGAGGUUUGCUUUUUGUUGUUGAUGUUUGAAAGGCUAUUUUGAGCCGUUCAACGGUGAGGAUCCAACGGAGCGUCGGAAUCCGUACAGAGUUCUGCGAGGUAGUAGUAGCAACAUGGAAGAAGAAGAUAUCUCGGGGACGGGCAGGAUAUAUUGGUUACGAUCGGGAACCCAAACGUCUGCGAACCUUAAGAAGCCCACUUCUUGAUCCGUUUCCAUGUUACCGAUGAACUUAAUCUAUGUGUUUUAUGCGUAUACAGACUAGUAGGUGUGGCGGGAACCCACCUGCGAUGAACAAGAAGGAAAAAAAAAAAGAAAAAAAAAUGGGUCUUGGGAUGUCUCAACUCCCGAGUCGUCGAGUCCAAGUUGACAGUCAAUUGGCAGUCUUGUCGGAGGGGUGGACCAGUGAAGCAGGGGUGGUUGUUUCGUUGGCAUGACUGUUGUCUGUCUGUCUGAUCAGCCGUGGAGAAGAAUGAAUGUUUGCAGGGAUGAAAGCCGGUUGGCUGCUGGUAGUUGCAUGGCUGGUUCAACUUGAUUGUGAUAUUUGUGAUAUUAGUAUGGAGAAGAAAGGACGGAGGAGGUUGGAGGAGGAGCAGUACUAAAUAAUACCGCUGCGUAGUGAGGCUGAGAGGACAGAAGACCUGGAGCCACUGACUGUUAUGAGAUUAUUAUGCUUGACCCAGGCCCGAGCGCAGCAGGACGCACAGCAACGGCAGAUGUUGUCAGGGAAAGAGAGGGCGGCGGGUCUUUACCGUCGUCGCCCGUCGUCACUGGCUGCAGCUCUCCUUCUCUGUUAGCUCCCCCGCCGCUGCUGUUUUUAUAUAUUAUAUCUAGCUCCUGUCCCCUCUUUCUCCUCCUCCCUCCCUCCUCUCCAUCUCCAUCUCAUCCACUUACCAUUGUUUCUUGUUUAUGCUUCAAUCUAACAUCUGAUACACCCCCCUUUUCAUACACACUACGUCGUCCAUCCUCGUACCAGCUGCUGUGCUAAGGUGGGCUGUUGCUGUUUCUCCCACCAGCUACAGACUGUACCGCUUCUCAACAUGAAGCUCUCCUCGGGCUCAGUGGCCGCUCUGGCCAUGUCCCUGUUCUCAGGUUCCAGCUUGGUGGCGGCCCAGACUUGGACUGCCUGUAAUCCCAUGCAAAAGACUUGCCCUCCAAAUCCUGCUCUCGGGGGAACUGCAGACUUCGAGUUUCACACCGCCUCUGCGCGAUUCGACAUCCUCGGGGGAUCCCCAUCGUAUGGCGCAGACGGGGCUUCUUUGGCCGUAGCCAAGCAGGGCGACUCGCCCACCCUCAUCUCGAAAUUCUACAUCAUGUUUGGCCAUGUUGAGUUCGUCAUCAAAGCCGCUUCGGGCAGAGGCAUUGUCAGCAGUGCUGUCUUGCAAUCCGACACCCUGGACGAAGUUGACUGGGAAUGGCUUGGUGUGGACAACGGCAGGGUGCAGACCAACUACUUCGGAAAGAACCAACAAGGCACCUUUGACCGUGGCCAAUUCCACAGUAAUCCAGGCAACCAGAAUGGCUAUCAUACUUACUCGAUCGACUGGGACAGCCAGCGGAUUCUCUGGCAGAUUGAUGGUAGCACUGUCCGCACCCUUACCGCUGCAGAGGCUGGCGCUUCGUACCCGCAGACCCCUAUGCAAGUUAAGGCUGGUGUGUGGGCUGGUGGUGACCCUACCAACCCCCCUGGAACUAUCGAAUGGGCUGGUGGUCCAACUGAUUACAGCGCUGGUCCUUAUGUCAUGGGACUCAAGUCCAUUGCCGUGACUGACUAUUCUACCGGGACUGAAUACCGGUACACUGACACAAGUGGCAAUUGGGGCUCUAUUGAAGCCGUUGGUGGUAAAGUUAAUGGCCGUGGAACCCCUGGAUCAGGCCAACAGGUAGAGUCUUCAAUCCCCCCUGCUGAAGCCACCCGGCCCCCUCCUACCAAAGGUAUAAUACAUCCAAGCGGGUAUCCUUGGGUCCCAUCUACCACGCACAAACCUAAAAGUACACCCUCAAUAACCUCGUAUCCAGGGCUCCCCAGUGACUGGAUAGUCACCGACUCUGGGAGAGCCUCAACGCCGUCCACGGCUUCUAGAACAUCCCAGCCUACUUCGCAGUCGUCGCCUUCAUCUUCGGCCUCUUCUUCCGCUCGUGGCCCUGAAUCGUCCCCUUCUAUCACAGCAACUGGCUUUGUCACCUCACCCACUGUCACCCCUUCACCCAGUGCCACGGAUUCAGCCGGCGCCACCGUUGCUCCUGGAACGGGUGCAGCCAAUGGCAAUUUCCAUAUGUCAUAUGGGGUCGCUGCCAUGUGUGCCUUGAUUGGCGCAGUGGUCGCCUUCUAAUAGCGAAGGACAUUCCCAUUGAACAGUGUCAGCCCCUUCAGAAUGAAGUUGAGUGACAGAUGACUUGGACCAUUUCAGCGGAAACGAAGAGAUGAUUAUAUUUAUCAAUAUAUUUCAAGACACGACGAUCACGACUAAGCUUGGGGAUGUUAAUAGGCGCCUGGUAUGGCGAAGCGGCUUUGUUAAGGAACAUAAUUUCUUUGGACAACCUAACCUUUUCUUUUGCAUGUGGUUUUUCUUCUCAACACAGAAUUAAUAGCUUAAAGCUUUGGUUUCUAUGUUUUGUUUGGGUUUUGUAUGGUUUUUUUGUUUGGGUGGUUUGUUGGGUUCGGUUCUGGGCUGGCUUUUGAUGAUGUUCAUUCUUUCAUUUGUAUUAGAUGGGGCCAGGAUGCACAUAACAACUAACCCCUUUUGCACUCUACACGUAUACAUAGACGGUGCUCGAUAUAGAUAAGACAGAUUUCAUUAAUGAUGAGAAGAACGUUCCUUCAUAACUUUCUGCUGCAUUGCUUGGACUGGGGUGGGGGUACGAGUGGUGAGUAACCUUAACUUGCUUAAUAGGAUAUGUAUGGAUAGCAUAGCUCAUCCCAGGGAUGAUAUCGCGGGUCAUCCAAAAAAGUGGACAUCGGAAGGUGAUGAGAGAGGGACAU